CAACGUUGGCGGCAGUGGAAUCUGACAGCAAGCGCAGUUCCACGUUUCCACUAAGGAAACGCCACUAUCCAUCUCCACUCGCCGCCAGAAAACAAUCUGAAAAGUCAUGGCGAUGCCGAGCGCUCUCUCUUUCCUCCUCCUCUUCUCCGCCGUCGCCGUCGGGGUGAUCGCGCAGCCCCUGCCGCCGCCGAGGCAUGACGGCUUCGUGUACACCGAUCACCGAGUCGACCCGGACACGGUCGUCGUCGAGGCGUUCCUGGACCCGGUCUGCCCCGACAGCAGGGACGCCUGGCCUCCCCUCAAGCAGGCGCUUCAGUACUACGGCCCUCGCGUCUGGCUCGUCGUUCACUUGCUUCCCUUACCUUACCACGACAAUGCAUUUGUCGCAUCUCGUGCUUUGCACAUUGUAAACGCUCUGAAUACUUCUGCUACAUUCCAAUUGCUGGAGAUGUUUUUUAAGCAGCAGGAAACAUUCUACAAUGACCAGACAAAGAACAUGUCAAGGGCUGCUAUUGUGAAAUCUGUCGUGAUAUUUGCCUCGCAAGUGGUUGGGAACUCCCACUACUCUAGCAUAGCAUCGGGCUUCAACGACCGGCAAACUGAUCUCAAAACAAGGGUAUCUUUCAAGUAUAGUACUUCGAAAGGAGUGUCUGCAACUCCGUCAUUCUUCCUAAACGGAUUCUUACUGCCCAAUGCUGGCUCCCCUAUAGAUUACAAUAAAUGGAGGAGCUUUAUCGAUCCACUGAUUGCUGCACAGGGACAAAGGAAAUAGGAAACCAUUCACUUUUCCGAGCGAAAAAAUCCAGUUCUACAAUAUAUCACAGUAUGUUGUACUUUGCUCGAUAUGCGUUUAAUUCUGUUUCUGUAGAGAAGCAGAGCUUCCGGGUUCUCUCGGUUGAAUGCAGUCAUCUAUCUGACUAGUAAAGUUCUGGUUAUCACACUCUUGACUUGCGAAAUAUGUCACUAAACAUAAACAUGGUCUUAGUAACAAGUGUCUUAUUACUUGAUAGUAGGAAA